AUGGAGCCGCAUACCUGGUUCAACACCUUCGUAUGCUAUUUCAUCUAUCGAUAUCUCCGUCUCGUGGUCAACCUUUGGGCAUUCUGGACCAUCAAGCCCAUCCCAAUCCCAGAAGAUCCGACACUGUCCUCUGAGGAUGUCACAGUCAUCUUGCCUACCUUGGAUGGCGAGGGUGAAGAGUUGGAGAGGACCAUAGGCUCAAUCAUGCAGACGGAGCCUAAGGAGAUGAUCCUGGUGACCAUCGAUGAGAACUUGCACAAAGCGGAGAAGACCAUGGCCAAGAUGCCGGCGGCAAAAGCUGGCCGUAUCAGAUGUAUGUCGGUUAAGCAGGCAAACAAAAGACGUCAAAUGGCCAGAGCCAUCCCAGAAGUCACGACGGAGAUCAUCGUCUUUGCCGAUGAUGAUGUCACGUGGCCUAUCCAGACCUUGCAGUGGAUGCUGGCACCAUUCGAGGACAAGAAGUAUGGUGGUGUGGUCACUUGCCAGAGACUUCGAAGAGCUGAGAAUCCGACUUUCUCACAGCGGGUUUACGGCUUCUUGGGAGCUCUUUACCUCGAGCGACGGAACUUCGACUGUGCUGCAACCACUCACAUGGAUGGUGGUGUGCCAUGUCUUUCAGGACGCACCUGUGCCUAUCGUACCAGCAUUCUCCAGGAUGUCAACUUCACCGAUGGCUUCACCAACGAGAAGUGGUGGUUUGGCCAGUAUCAGCUCAAUGCAGACGACGACAAUUUCCUCACCCGUUGGAUGGUUUCACAUGGUCAUCAGACCUACAUGCAGUACCACCCCAAUUGCGAGGUUCAGACUACCCUGGAGGACAACUCGAAAUUUCUGAAGCAAUGUUUGAGGUGGGCACGCAGUAAUUGGCGCAGCAAUGUGACCAGCAUGUUUGCUGAGCGUCACAUCUGGAGAUGCCAGCAAUGGAGCCUGUACGCAGUGCAUCUAACAACUCUGUCGCCCCCGGCUAUUGUCGGUGACCUUCUUCUAUGGUUCUUACUGUGGAAAGGCGUUGCAGACUGGCCAGCGGAACAAGCUUGGACUGCCUUUUAUGCUUUUCUGGCAUGGAUGACCUUGUCAAAGUUCAUCAAGCUGGUUACUCACUUUGUCCGCUAUCCCAUUGAUGUCUUCUUGUGGCCCGUAUCCAUCCUCUUUGGUUGGUUCCAUGGUGCCAUCAAGAUGUAUGCACUGGUCACACUCAGUGAGACAACAUGGGGAAGCCGUGCCAACGCCGACGCCAGCGACGAUACGAGAAUGAUCAAGCAGUCCAAACCACACACCACCUUCGACUUGAGGGAUGAGAAAAUUCACGAAAAACUCCUACCUAACGACGACAUGAGAUUCUACGCCGCCUACGAUUCGAAACGCACUACUCAACCUCCUUCCGCAUAA